GUUACACGUUUUUUGUUCUAAUCAAGACAAUAACGUGUUUUUUUUGUUUUGUUUAGAAUUCUCUUUUGUUUAAAGUGUGUGUAAAAAUAUGCAAAGGGUGUGUGAGAAAAUCGUGUCAAUAAUCCUACAACUGUAAACAGCUGUUUAUCGGUGUUCUAGCGCGGGUUUUUUCGAGUGACAGGUUUAGUCUAAUCGUGUCUUGUGACAGGAAGUUGACACAGUGGAGAGGGGAGAUUCGCGAAUACUGUUGUAUGCCUAGAUUAUGUGUGAGUGUGAAUAAGAUGGAAAAUUGAGAGCACGAGGUCGAAGAAGCGGGAUGGUUAAUCAGCUGGCGAAAGGGUGAAAGAGAAGGGCGCAUCAGGAGCGAACCUAGAAUGAUCGUGCCCUAAGUGGACAAAAAGUACAGGACUUAUCAGAAGCGGUUCCAAGCGAAGUCGGAAAACAGCAUCGACUAAAAAUCUCGCCAUUCUGUCUCGACAAAAUAAAAGUAGUUGCACGCACCAAACUUGAAGUUUCUCGCCUUGCUGACUAUUCUGAUUCGACAACCCACUUCCUCUCGAGUAGUCGUGAUUCAAUCGUUCGUUUGUCGGAAAAAGCGAAGUACGAAUGUCCCAGAGAAUUCGGCAAAGUCAUGUGGAUGCUCUGAAUCUUGAAAUUGAUAUUGAAUACGAAGAGUUGAAGUUUGUCCCGGGGCGAUCAUCAGAGGGUUGGAGAAACUUAAAGCCAAUUAGUGUCAUUGUCGCGUUCGCGAGUGAUAAGGAAGAGGAUCAGGCUCAGUGAAGAGACGAGAAGAAGAAGAAGAAGAGUCCUCAGAGGAUCGGCUUUAGAGUCUCCGAGGGAUGAUGAACCUCAGAGUGACUUUCCUGUGGCUUGGGAUUUUGUUGGCUGCCUCAGCAAACCCGGAACCAAGCCCACGUGCUCGACCAACACCUAUUUACUCCAACCAGUUUGCCAUUCACGUGCCGGAUGGAUCAGAUGCUGCUGCUGCUAUCGCCGAGAAACAUGGCUUCGAUUAUCAUGGACAGAUCGGAUCCCUGAAAUGCUACUUCCUGGUGUCUAGCAAGAGGCUGAAUAAAAGAUCUCUCUCACCUAGUGAUCAUCACCAUGAAAAACUCAAUAAUGAGUCCCAGGUGCACUGGGUGCAACAGCAACAUGAAAAGAAGCGCAAGAAGCGAGACUUUGAAAGCAGUUCGUACCCGUUCGCGGAAUUUCCUCAUUUCUCGGACGAAUUUGCAAGCCGGGCGAGGCCGUCAAUUAUCCAUCGGCAGAGAAAUCGAGGCAUACCUCUUCAAAACUUGUUCAACGACCCGCUCUUCAAAGAGCAAUGGUACCUGAACGGUGGGGCAAAGGAUGGUUUCGACAUGAAUCUUGGGCCAGCUUGGCAGAAGGGAUACACUGGAAAAGGUGUCGUGGUGUCAAUUUUGGACGAUGGAAUCCAGACGAACCACCCCGAUCUUGCCUUAAAUUACGAUCACGAGGCUAGUACUGACAUUAACGACAAUGACGAUGAUCCGAUGCCCAGAGACAAUGGCGACAACAAGCACGGCACUAGAUGCGCUGGUGAAGUCGCUGCCGUCGCUUUCAACCAAUACUGUGGUGUUGGAGUUGCCUACAAUUCCAGCAUAGGAGGAGUAAGAAUGCUCGACGGUCCUGUAAACGAUGCUGUCGAGGCUAGAGCUUUGGGAUUGAAUCCUGAUCAUAUAGACAUCUAUAGUGCUUCCUGGGGACCAGAAGACGACGGAAAAACCGUCGAUGGACCCGGCCCUCUCGCGAGACGUGCCUUCAUUUAUGGUGUUACCAGCGGUCGUAAAGGAAGAGGUUCAAUCUUCGUUUGGGCAUCAGGAAACGGAGGUAGACACACAGACUCCUGUAAUUGCGAUGGCUACACAAACAGCAUCUUCACACUCUCCAUAUCGAGUGCCACUCAAGGUGGCUACAAGCCCUGGUACUUGGAGGAGUGCAGUUCCACCCUGGCCUCUACCUACUCCUCAGGGACACCUGGAAAUGACAAGAGCGUGGCGACCGUCGACAUGGACGGCAAACUCCGACCGGAUCACAUAUGCACCGUGGAACACACCGGCACUUCGGCAUCAGCCCCCUUAGCGGCCGGAAUAGCCGCUCUGACCCUGGAGGCCAAUCCCACCCUGACUUGGAGGGACAUGCAGUACCUGGUGGUGCUGACGUCAAGAUCGAGUCCUCUCGAGAAGGAGACGGGAUGGAUUCUCAACGGAGUCAAGAGGAAAGUCUCGCACAAAUUCGGAUACGGCUUGAUGGAUGCUGGUGCGAUGGUCAGUCUGGCUGAGCAAUGGACCAACGUUCCGCCACAACAUAUUUGCAAGUCCCCUGAGCUUAAUGAGGAGCGACCGAUCGACCCGACCUACGGUUAUUCACUCAGUGCCUACAUGGAUGUCAGUGGCUGUGCCGGAACACUCAACGAAGUUCGGUUCCUUGAACAUGUCCAGUGCAAGGUCUCCCUGAGAUUUUUCCCGCGAGGCAAUCUUAAGCUCCUGCUGACCUCACCGAUGGGAACUACUUCGACGCUGCUUUUCGAGCGACCUCGUGACGUCCUCAGCUCCAACUUCGACGACUGGCCCUUCCUGAGUGUCCACUUCUGGGGAGAGAAGGCCGACGGGCGUUGGACUUUACAAGUCAUCAACGCCGGAAAUCGACACGUCAACUCUCCAGGAAUUCUGAAGAAGUGGCAGCUGAUCUUUUACGGUACCGCGACGAACCCCAUCAGGAUCCGCACGCGCCAAUAUAACCCGGUACAAACGCCUUUUCAAGCGUUUUCUUCCUCUGUUCAUUAUCCAAUUUCGUUUGAUCAACAUCGCCCGCUCACUUCUGUGGACAAUUUCCGCCACCCCGACUUCUUUGCUCCCUCCUCCUUUCAGGGCUACCAGGCUCCUUACGUUGGCGCCGCUUCCAACUUGGAGGCAUCAGUGGCUACUUUGGAUGGAUCAUCCGGUUCGCUUUUGACCAAUCGGCUGCCGGGUGACCUCUCGCCUUUAGACGGAUCCUAUGACCCUACCAAAAGGAUCCAACUUCACCACUGUGAUCCUCAGUGCGACGCCCAAGGCUGCUAUGGAGAAGGUCCUACCCAAUGCGUCGCUUGCAAAACUUACCGGCUUGAUAACACUUGCAUGAGUCGAUGUCCCCCGAGGAGUUUUCCAAACCAGGGUGGAGUUUGCUGGCCUUGUCACGAGUCCUGCGAAACCUGCGCAGGAGCUGGGCAGGAUUCCUGUCUUUCCUGCGCCCCAGCUCAUCUUCGAGUUACGGAUUUGGCGGUUUGUUUGCAACAGUGUCCCGAGGGCUACUACGAAAAUACCGAAAACAACACUUGCGUCCCAUGUGAGGCAAACUGUGCCAGUUGUCAAGAUAGGCCUGAUCACUGCACCAGUUGCGAGCAUCAUUUGGUGAUGCAUGAGAACAAGUGUUACGCCGCCUGUCCUCUUUACACCUUCGAAACUCAGGACUACAAUUGCGCUCCUUGUCACUCCUCUUGCGAGACUUGCAACGGGACCAGCGAAAAUCAAUGCAUUGGAUGUCGACCAGAAUAUUUCGCCCUCAAUGGACGCUGUAGAAAUUCCUGCCCUGUUGGCUACAGAGGAGACAAAAAGCGUCGAGAAUGUGUUCCCUGCCCUCCAGGAUGUGCCACCUGUGCUUCAUCCACUUGCCUCAGUUGCAUUCCCGCAUGGAGUCUAAAUAAGAAAGGAUUCUGCGCCCCGGAUACUCGAUCUCGAUGCGACAGUUCCGAAUUCUAUGAGGCAGGACACUGCAAGCCAUGUCAUUCUACGUGUGAAACCUGCGCCGGCCCUACGGAGGACUUCUGUAUCUCCUGUCAGAGCCCCUUACUUCUCCAGGGAAGGAAAUGCGUUGCCCAAUGUGACGACGGUUACUACUCCGCUGUGCAACCGUCGGGCCCAAUUUGCGAACCCUGUCUUCACACGUGCAAGACCUGCGUGUCGAGAUUGAAUUGUACGGCUUGUCAGGAAGGGUUGCAGUUACAGAGUGGAGAAUGCCGGUCUUCCUGCGCCGAAGGUUAUUACAGCGAUAGAGGACAAUGUGCCAAGUGCUACCUAUCUUGUAAAACCUGUUCGGGACCAAGAAGAGAUCAGUGCGUAAGUUGCCCCAAGGGUUGGCAGUUGGCAGCAGGUGAAUGUCAUCCUGAGUGUCCCGAGGGAUUUUUCAAGUCGGAAUUUGGUUGCCAAAAGUGUCAUCAUUACUGCAAAACUUGCAAAGGAGAAGGACCACUUGAAUGCACUUCGUGUCCAGCGCAUUCGAUGCUGGAAGGAGGUUUAUGUAUGGAGUGUCUUGGGGCCCAAUUUUAUGAUUCGCCAACUCAGCUCUGCAAAAACUGCCAAGCGAGCUGCCGCAGCUGUUCCGGGCCGGGAAAAUUCAGCUGCACAGGCUGUACACUGCCGCUUCAUUUAGACAAACUCAACAAUCAAUGCGUGCCGUGUUGCUCAGGCAAUGAGAAGAAAUCGGAAAACGACGAGUGCUGUGUCUGCGAUCCUGAAACCGGCGGCUGCAGGAACAGCUCACCGGCUGGUAAAAGGAGAGUGCCGGGAACGGAAUUGUCCUCGAUAGAUUCCGAAAUGGCAGCGCAGUAUGAAAGAAGCGGUAAUUUUGAAGGGGAGCCGUUGCACGCAUCUGCAACGACACUCCUGUCGCUCGGUGUUUUUAUUUGUGUGGCCUCCAUCACUUUGUUCGCGACCGUUUUCGGUGUUCUUCAGAUAAUGUCAAGAAGAAAGGAAGUGUCUAUGGGUUACACACAGCUAGCUGUGAGGGUUGAGCCAAUGGAUGAAGGGGAUGCUGACGAUACAACCGAGCUGAUGACGUAGAUCUCUUAAGUCGGUGUCGCUCAUGACAGGAUCUCUCGUUGGAGCGUCCGGCGAAGGUUGACGAUUCCUGAGUGCAAAAGAAAGGCUUCACAAACCCGGAGGAAUUUCGUUUUAAGAAAAUCCCCAAAAAAUCGCCAACCUUCUUCCAGCUCGAGUGAACGUUUUCCUUUUCCUCCCAAGGGAAAAAAUCCGAAAAAAAGAACAAAAACACAAAACAGCAAAAACAAGAAACCCAGUGGGCACACAAUUUGGCGACGUCUUUACGACAUCGUUACGAUGUCUUUACGACAAUUUUACGACAUCCUAUGUCCGUGUCGUUACAAUGUCUUUACGAUAUUGUAACGUCAUUUGUCAGAUCAUAAGACGUUUUUACGAUAUCGUAAAGACACCUUAACGACAUGGACAUAGGCUAUCGUAAAGUUGUCGUAAAGAUGUCGCAACGAUGUCGUCAAGAUGUCGCCAAAUAAUGUGCCACUGGGAAGCGGUCCUUAAUUGCGUCAACCUUGUACAGAAGUGGAUGCGUGAGUGAGAGCGUGUCUGUAAAUAAUUAAAUGUUUACUGCGCUGCGUUCGAGCGAGAGAAAAGUGCAGAGAGUUGGAAAAAAGUGGAAAAAGCUCGCACGAAGCGCAGACUGUAAGUAGGAAUUCUUCGGUCAGUGUCAUCUGUCCGGAUUUUACAACUAGAUAAUUUCGAUGAUGCAGAGCGCGAUUUCAGUUCGAGAGAAUAAUCGAUCAGAAAAAUAGAUCAAAAUAGUCGAUCAAAGAAGAAUCUUCCGAGGAAGAAAAAAAGGCAGAAAAGCGUGCGAAGAGGGUGAAAGACGGUGUUAAGUGCCUGAUUAGUGACACCUUUUGGCCCUCAUUUCCCCUUCCCCGUCCUUCCAACGCCUUUUAUUCUGUCGAAGACCCUCCCCUAGGAAAAUAUUAGAAUUGGGGAAGUAUUUCUCUCCCUUUGUCUCCCCCCCGGAAAAGAAGGAAACUCUCGAGAAAGAUUUUCUAAAAUGAGUGUGAAUGGAAAGAACGAUCCUCGACCUUCAUCGCAGUGAUCGAAACAGCAAUCGUCCUUGUAUAUUUGUAUGAAUGAACGCGACGAUGCUGAGAGAAUAAGCUUAGAAUAAGAGGGAAUGUCGAGCAAAAAGAAACUUCUUGAAGAAAGGCAAGGCAAACAAGUCGGAGGAUAUUUUAUUUUUUUUUUUAAAUAAGUAUCGAAUUCUUUAGAAUCCUUGACUUUUUCUUUCUUUAAUCGUUCCGAAUUAGCGUGAAACUUUCCUCGUAUUUUAUCUUUUGCGACCGAGUACGAGAGAGUAGUUUUUUUAAUUGUUUAUUAUUAUAAUUUGGUUGUCUACUUUUUGUUUAAUACAACAUUUUUCGCGUUAUGCUUAUCCUUUUCGUAAAAAGAUAGAUCGUCGAACAGAAAAAGACGAACCAAAAAAAAGAUAAAUAUGUAUGGGAAAAAAUAUUGAAAAAGAUCUGCAAAUCGAUAUUCUUGAAAGGAACCAUCCACACCUAACUAUGUGAAUAUUGAACUUCUCCUCGUGAUUUGAUAUAAUGCUAUUAUUGUACUUUUAUGAUGAAUGCGAUUAUAAAUAUAUACAUAUUAUA